AUGUCUGCUGCUGUAAUCGCCCGACUUCAUCUCAUUCAAGAAGAAGCAAAAGUAUAUAAUGCUCUCGUGGAGAGAGAAAGAUCUUGGCGUGAAAAAUCGGACAAUGGAUCAACCAAUUGGCUGUCUCGACAUUGGUGUCCUAAUUGCACUUAG